ACAGCGUUCCUCAUCCUUCUGGUUGCCGUCGGCCUCUCCUGCGUCAUGGUAGCGCACGCCUCGCCUACCAUAGGUCUGCUGGCCGGCUACGGCGCCCUCAGAAAAUCCCGAUACCAACCCAAGCGGCGCUUCCACGGACCUGGCUAUGGGCGAUACCACGGUCAUGGAUACAAGGCCCCUCGCAGGAGGUACCGGCCGCGCUUCGGCCGCUCAGUCGAAGCGCUCUCUGACGAGGAGGAAAGCCUGAUCCUGUCCACCGUGGCACACCUGGAUCCCGAAGGCUGCAUUCCCAAGACGCUGUGCCUCCUGGAGGCGAAGGAUGAGUCGGAUCGCUCGCAGGACGAGACCCGGCUGCUGGAGAUCUUCGCCAACAAAACUCGAGGCCUCACCUCCUAUAGCGCCACCCCCGUCCUCGCCACACAAUUAGGUGCUAACGCGCAGGACUCGGCCGCCUGCAAGAAGCUCUUCCCCAAGUGUUCGCUCGACGAGGAAGAGCUGAUCGAAGUCCUGAAUCUGGCGUGGGGCUGCGACUGCGACUCGGACCAGAGCCAGGACUCACGUUUGCUCUAGGGUGCGCGGCGAGGCACGCACGUAGCUUAUAUUAAGCUGAAUAUAUCAUUAUGUUACCUGGACAUUGCCUACUUUUAUUAGUAAAUUGUUAUAUAUUUUACAUUGUUUCAUUUACGGAAUAAACUCGCUAU